UUACAAUUUGCAUUGAACACUAUGGAGAUCUAAAAAUCAAGGCCUGCCUGUGUGAAGCUGAGCUGCCGUGAUGACUGGAUAAUGUAGAAAAUACAUGUUUAUGCGACUGAGGAGUGGAGAGUGGUACCGUAUAUGCUGAAGGUGGUGGAUGUGGACUUUAAAACAGUGUGUCUCAACAUUUCAUCCUCAACUAUCUAUUUUUAAUCUGAUUGCACUACAAAAGAAAAGCUGCUAAUGGGAUAAAUGUUGAGACGUUGCAAGAACUGACUUGAAGUACCAAAAGCCAUUACUAUAAAUCAAGAAGAGCUCGGAGCUAAGUCUGUAUCUGAUUAGUCAGUAUCAUUUUCAUACAACAGGCAUGGCAAGUAAACGAAAAUCAACCACACCUUGCAUGGUCCUAGCCAAUGAGCAGGAUCCGGAUCUAGAAAUGGUGUCAGAUUUGGAGGGAGGACCACCUGUACUCAUGCCGGCAGAGAACCCCACAGCAGAAAGUGUAACAAGUGAUGAGGAUGUCCAUGAGUAUGUGGAUUCAGACAAUCAGAAAAAUUUAAAAGUAGAAGGUGGUUAUGAAUGUAAAUACUGUACCUUUCAAACUCCAGAUCUCAAUAUGUUUACUUUUCAUGUGGAUUCAGAACAUCCCAAUGUAGUAUUAAAUUCAUCCUACGUUUGUGUAGAAUGCAAUUUUCUUACCAAAAGAUACGAUGCUCUCUCAGAGCAUAAUUUGAAGUACCACCCUGGAGAGGAGAAUUUUAAAUUGACCAUGGUGAAACGUAAUAAUCAGACAAUCUUUGAGCAAACAGUAAAUGAUCUCACUUUUGAUGGGAGUUUUGUUAGAGAAGAAAAUGCUGAACAGGCUGACCCUUCUGAGAUUCCCUCAUCAGGGAUCUCAAUUAGCAAAACUCCUAUUAUGAAAAUGAUGAAAAACAAAACGGAGACUAAGCGCAUUGCUGUUUUCCACAAUGUAGUUGAUGACAUUCCUGGUGAAGAAAAGGGAACUGAAAAUGAGCCAAACUCUGAUGAAGUAGUAGAAAACCCACCAUCGACAGUUUCUGAGUCAAAAGCAAGCCAUUCAGUUGUUUGCAGUGCAGCAGAUGUAGCUAGUGCAGUAGUGACUCCAGCACCAGUGAUUCAGCCUGGAGUGGCACAGGUUAUAACAGCUGUUACAGCUCCACAGAAUCCAAACCUGAUUCCAAAAGUCUUAAUACCUGUAAAUAGCAUUCCAACCUAUAAUACUGCUUUGGAUAACAAUCCGCUCUUGCUUAACACCUACAACAAAUUCCCUUACCCAACCAUGUCAGAAAUCACUGUUCUUUCCACUCAAGCUAAGUACACGGAGGAACAGAUUAAAAUAUGGUUUUCUGCCCAACGUCUGAAACAUGGUGUGAGCUGGACACCAGAGGAAGUGGAGGAAGCAAGGAGGAAACAAUUUAAUGGCACAGUGCAUACUGUGCCACAGACAAUUACUGUUAUUCCAGCACACAUUUCUGCUGCUAGCAAUGGUUUGCCCUCCAUUUUGCAGACAUGCCAAAUAGUUGGUCAGCCAGGACUUGUUCUCACUCAAGUUGCAGGUGCAAAUACACUACCAGUAACAGCCCCAAUAGCUUUGACUGUAGCUGGAGUCCCAAACCAAACACAGUUGCACAAGAGUCAAAUUCAUGCUGCUCAGCCUAUUGCAGAAACCAAGCAAGUAGCUGCCAUUCCAGCCCCUCAGUCUAUCAAAAAUGAAGCCACACUAGUGAAUGCUGACUCUUUCAGCAUCCGAGCAAAAAAAACAAAGGAGCAACUGGCAGAAUUAAAAGUCAGCUACCUAAAAAAUCAGUUUCCUCAAGAUUCAGAAAUUAUUAGGCUUAUGAAAAUAACAGGCUUGACUAAAGGAGAGAUCAAAAAGUGGUUCAGUGACACACGCUACAAUCAGAGAAACUCAAAGAAUAAUCAUGGGAUUCAUCUCAACAGUGAUUCGUGUGCUACCAUUGUUAUUGAUUCAAGUGAUGAAAUGAAUGAGUCCCCAACAGGAGUCACUCCACAGAGCAAGUCAUCGUGGAGUGCUUUUCCUGAUUUUACCCCACAGAAAUUCAAAGAAAAAACGGCUGAACAGCUGCAAGUCCUCCAAGCAAGUUUUCUUAAUAAUCCUGUCCUAACAGAUGAAGAAAUGAAUAGGUUAAGAGCCCAAACCAAACUUACUAGGAGAGAGAUUGAUGCCUGGUUUACAGAAAGAAAGAAAUCAGAUAUCUUAAAGGAAGAGGGAGCUGACCUGAAUGACAGCAAUGCCAGCAGCUCAAAAGAGGAGGCUGGAGAAACAUCUGUGGGAGAUGGAGCAGGGCCAAAAUCAGGGAGUUCCUCUUCAAGCAAAAUAGGCAAAAAAUCACCAGAGCAGUUGCACAUGCUUAAAAGUUCCUUUGUCCGUACUCAGUGGCCAUCUCCACAAGAAUACAACAAGCUGGCAGAAGAAACUGGGCUCCCAAGAUCAGAAAUUGUGAGCUGGUUUGGAGAUACUCGCUAUGCCUGGAAAAAUGGUGGACUGAAGUGGUAUUAUUACUACCAGAGUGCCAAUGCAAACAGUCUGAAUGGACAAGGCUUUGUGAGGAAGAGAGGGAGAGGAAGACCAAAAGGGAGGGGGAGAGGAAGGCCUCGGGGGAGGCCUCGGGGAAGCAAGAGGUUAAAUAGCUGGGACAGAGGUGUGUCUGUCAUAAAAUUCAAAACUGGAACAGCAAUCCUGAAGGACUACUACAUGAAGCACAAAUUCCUUAAUGAGCAAGACCUUGAUGAACUUGUAGCCAAAUCUCACAUGGGAUAUGAGCAGGUCAGAGAGUGGUUUGCAGAAAGGCAAAGAAGAUUAGAGCUUGGAAUAGAACUCUUUGAGGAGAAUGAGGAGGAAGAUGAAAUGCUAGAAGAUCAGGAAGAUGAGGAAGAAACAGAUGAUAGUGAUACUUGGGAACCUCCCCGACAUGUUAAGCGCAAACUCUCAAAAUCAGAUUGAUGUGCAAUUUGGGACUUGGGGGUCAGAUACCCAUGAAUUGGGUUUGAUAUUAUGAUGAAGAGCCAAACAAUUUAUGAUGGCCUUCUGUUUUAGCAAGCACUUGCUUAGUAUCUUCCUUCAACCUAAGAGAAUGUGGGUAAGAUGCUACAUGGGCAGGGAACCAAUACAGGCUUCCUUGCUACCAGAGAUGGACAUGCUCAGGCCUAGCCUAGGACAUGGGGUUGUAAGUCAGCUCCAAUUCAGCUCCUCCUCUUCUGCGUUACUGAUGGGAAGGUUCAUCAUUCAUGUGACUGCUUCUCAAUAUUUAAUUGCCUUAUGUUGUUUAAUUCAAAAAAAAAAACACAGACACAUUUUCCAUUGUUAUAGGAGAACACUGCCUGUUCACGAAGGAGGAAAAUACAAAAACCUAAGAUGUCUUUUUGCAAACAUCACUUCACCUGAAAGGUUUCAAGGCCUGGGUUUAUUUCUUAAGGAAAGAAUUCAAAGCAAAAGAGAAGGGGAAAAGUGUGACAAAGGAAUCAAUGAACCUAGGGAUACCUAUCAUGAAAGUUUCCCUAAAGAAUCUGCUAGAAUGACAGAAGAAUUGCCACGUCUUCGUCUGUGAUACGAAAAGAUGAACCACAAGAGCUUCAUUAUGAUUUUGAAAUGUUCCUCCCCUCUUCAGUUCCAGCUUACAAAAGUGUUCUCAAUUUUGCUGAGUUGAUUAUCUGCAUGUAUACUUAGAGUUUGUACAGAUAUGCACUAAAAAUGAGUUGCCCUACCUGGGAAGGCUUUAUAUUGUAUAGAAAAUGUGGCACUAGGUACUGCUCUUCAUGUGCACAGGAGAGUUAACAGGUGUCAGUCUCGUUUACAGAAAUGAUGGAGCUUUGCAAUUUCUUUUAAUAUAUUGCAAUAUAUUUAAAUGUCCUGUUUGACAUGUGAAAUGAAAUUAAGUUAAUGUGUUGUUAUGUAUUUGAAGUAUGAGGAAGACGAUUCACUAACGACCAGCAAGGUUUUUAGAAGGUGUCCAGUUAUGUAGCAGUCUGUGUGAUCUGUCUGGUGUAUGUAAUGUUAAAGGAAGCAACAAGACUAUUAUUGUGUAGAAUGAAGAGUUUCUCUUGAUUGAUGCAAUAGCUUACAGUGUCUUUCCUUUGUAGCUGCCCAGUGUGGUGAAGGGGAAGCAAUUCUUGAAAAAGUUCAAGAUAACUGGUUAACUGUGAAUGGGCCUAAUCUUUCGUGAAACCAAGAAAAUUUUUGGACACACACAGGACUUGAAUACUCAAAAGGAUUGGAACUUAGUGUUGUGCCAAAGUUAAACUACUGCAGUUGGCAGAAGUUCUGCACUGUAAAUAGAAGACUGGUUAAAAGACAGCUUGUAAAAAAAAAUAUCAAAUUUUAAUACAGUACGUUUUUAUUCUGAUACAUGAUGGAAACAUUCUGUUUUAGACCUUUUUUGAAGAGGCUACAGUGACCACUAGAUUUUGUCCUAUAUUUUGUUUGGCCUAUUACUAUAUGUUCUAGUAAGAUGGGCUUUAUUGCCUGUGUUCUUUGAUAUGUGAUUAAGCUUAUAGCUUUGAGUGACCAAACAUUUUACAGAGUAAAAGUUCUUAGAAACAGUAUAACGUAACUGAUAUUUCUGUGUCUUAUUUAUCAGGCUCUGCACAAACUUGGAAAGUUGUGCUGGAUUUGUACAACUCAUAUGGGAAUGCAGCAUACUUCUUGACAUUACAAACCUAAGCCUUUGUGGCAGUAUAGAUCUUGUCUUUGGAUUUAUUUUUAUUAUGUUUUUGAGGCAAAGAAACGAACGAAUGCUGCUGUAAAAUAUUUGUAAUAUUGCCAUUAUUGCUUUCUGUAGCAAUUUCUGCUUUUGCUUCAACAGAUAAAAGAAAUCAGAGAUAGAAAGAAACCUAAAAGAUGCUGGUAGAAGAAAGUAUCCCGUGGGAACUUCAGAAAAUAAACUUUGUACCAAAAAUUUGAAAACAGAAAUAAUGGAAUAAAUCUCUCCUUACUGAGUGUGUGUGUUUUUAAAAGAUUGUGUGGAAAGCAGGAGAAACCACAGUUGUAUGGAAACAUUGCAAUUCAGAUCUUUUCAAAUGCCUUUUCUUUUCCCCUGUGUUACACAAAACUGAAGUUCAUUGGUUCUUCAGACGUAUUAAAUUUGGGAGAGUGGUUUUAUUAAAGAGCCUGCAUGAGGUCAGGUUCACAUGUGAGCUAUUAGAACUGUUUGUUGGUAAAUGUUCUGCUGUAUCUGCAGGCCUGGGACAUUCGCAUGAUUUUUCUGAUGAAGGCAGAUGCUCUUUAUUCUCACAUUUUAAAAUACUGGGGUGGGGAAAGAGGGGCAGCCGGGAAGACCUCUCCCUGAAGCCCUCGUCGGCUGAACAUCACAUGUUGUGGCUUUGGGGCUGCUUCUAAAACGUGCCUUUUCUCCAGCGAGGAGCGGUCUGAGACUAGCGCUUUUCUGCCAGAGCUCUGCAUCUCUCCAGCCGGCCCGUGGGCAAGCAGGACUCACUGUCGCUCGGGGAAGCCCCUGGCCAGGUGCAGCAGCUCCAUACGCUUCGCUGGAGGCCCCAGAUCAUGCCUUCAGACCUAUCCCUGGGUAAGAGAAAUGGGUCUAAGCUGAUGUAACUCUACGCUUUGGCUUAGGUCAGUUCAAAAAAAACGACAUGGUUGAGAGAAGCAGUGACCUAUAUGCAGGGGUGUAGACAAGCACUAGUAGUCAAUACAGCUUGAUCUUUGUCCAAAUAGUUCUACUCAGUUCAGCGAAGAAAAUAGGGGAAAAAAUGUUUACUCAAAGAUCUGCUGCCUAAUGAGGGAGCUGCUGAAAAGCCCUGGAUUAUGCAUUUUUAAAUAGUUACCUUUUUUAUUUGGCGCUUUAUUAGUGAUUCUGGAAUGCUGCAAUUUAGUCGAUAUUUUCACAAGAGAGCAGCUGGCUUUGUGGGUUGUUUCCCCUCUCCUAGUCUUCUCUUCCCAGACCCACCCAUCUUCCCUUUCUUUUCAUACUAUCAUCAAAUGGCAUUUUUAAUAAUUUAAAAUACAAAGCCAUUUUGUGCACUGCCUUAUUUUUCUUUUUUACACCAUACAGUGAUCUCUAGAGUGAUGUUAAGUUGCUCCGUGUGGGGUUUGCUUUGCUUUGAAACACUGCUCGUGGUGGUCUCCAGGCUGUUUGAUGGUGGUUUCUAACAUUUUUGGUUGUUAAAUGACUUGUUGCACUUCAAAUCUUGUAAAAUGAAACUUUUGAAUAUAUUUAUAUGUUUCAAUUUUGAAUAUAUUUAUAUGAUUCUACUGCAAUAAUGUUGAACUGUUAGUAUUGUGAAUAAUUCCUUUCCCAUGUGUGUUUCCUUAAAGACUCAGUGCUGAGCUGAUGUUUAUUAUUUUAAAAUAUUUAUUUGGUAGAAAAAAAGAGAAGGGAGAGAAAUUGUUUGUCUCACCUAGUUGAUUUGUGUCUUUGGGUGAAAAUAAAGGUCAGUGUUUGGCAGUAAUUCUUUUUUUAGUGAUUCUCAGUUUUCCUAAACGAAAUCCAAAUAGCAAGAAACAGAAUUACAGUGAAACCUGUCUUAAGGGUCUAACACGGAAGAGGCCCCACAAAAAAGCGCCUCUAAUAACGAUGUGUCCUGCACCAGUGGAGAUGAUGAUACACCGCUACCGCAGUUGUCGCUGCUCCUUUCAAGGAGCCGGCAGCGGGUCCAGGCGAAGCGCAGCUGCAGAGGUUUCUGUCCUGUGCGCCCAGCACCCACGGAUGGCCAUCCAGUCUAGCGAUGGAAGUGACUGGCCCUUUUUCUUACUGACAGCGCAGUGUUAAAAACUGUAUUCGCUUACGUAUGUUUUCCUGGUGUUCUUCUCCCUUCCCCAAAUUACUGGAAGUGAAGCUAAUUUAGAGCAAAGUCCGUCCUUGAUUUCUGCGUUUUGUUUGCCUUCGUUCGUUCAGCGGUGUGUCCCCCCUGCUUUGCCUCACCCGUUGUGCAGCCACUGGUACUCGCACAAAGCAAGCAUGAAGCCAUACAAGCUAAAUUUAAUAGCAGUUUCCACUGGUCCUUUCCAGCAGGGCAGAAGCUGCCUGGGAAACGAGGCGCUGGAGAAUCAAAAGAAAAAAAAAAGUUUGUUUCCCUCGCAGAGACAGUCUCCCCUGUCAGCCUCCACAUGGAAAAAGAGACUGCAACUGCAGAAGACCACAAGCUGUGAGGGUCAUUCCAGGGCAGUCCUGGGGCCCUGGAUAUAUUUCUCCAUUCCCCCCUCCCACCCCCCGUUGUUUGGAUUUGUUCCUCUGUUCCUGCAAAAUAGCAAUACUGUAGGAAGUCGGCUCAGUUCCGCGGCUGCUGUUACAGCAGAGGUUCAUAACAGCGCAAAUCCGGCUGCUUAAACGAUGUCCUAGAGUUGCCACUCGGUGCUGCGUAGUCCUGCCAGCUCCUGGCGGCUUUACAGUAGAGGUAACCAGGCCACUGUGCUCGCUGCAGCCGGGUUUCGUUACCAGCAGCAAGCCUGAGGCAGGGGAAGGCCGCGAGUUUUCAGAGACCAACAGACAAAACUGAAAAGGGGGCACAGAAGGAGCGCACAAACUUUGCUGCAGCUGACAGCAAGACCAUUUUUUCCCCAGUUAGAGCAGCAGAUGUAAUGUGAGACGCUGCGUUUUGUGCUAACCGGCGUGUCAAACAUUGCCAUUCACCACAGCGCUGCAGCUUCAGUGCUUGUGCUGCGGGGUGAGUGAAGGGGUCCUGGUACGUCGAAUCAGCACGGAAACGGUGCAGGCGUGCAAAUAGAGCGCGCUGCUUUGAGAUGCUCUCCGGCCCCGCAUCACCCUACCCUUUCUUUACAAGACAGCUUUUUUCUUUUUUCUUUUCAUCCACAUUCUCAUGCGCCCAAGGGUGCACCCAUUCUCUUCAGCGUUUAUAUUACUAGACAGCAAAUAGUUGCAAUACGCAUUAAUAGCCGAACGCAUCUGUACUGUGCGCACCCUUUUGGCAAUAACGGCUUUAUUGGUUUUUGUGAGGCCAGAGGGGGAAGGAUUAUGGCCCAGUUAUCAUGGCUUAUGAGGGGUUUGAGAGGCUGCACCGUUUUAAGGUGGAUCAAGCAAACGUACUAUCACCACGAAAUGCUGCCUGUAUUGCCCUCCUGUGUUACGACUAGGGAGAGUGUCCCCUUACGUCUGCCACCACACAAAGAGCAUGAAAGAUGCUGCAAAGAACUUGCAACCUAAAUAAAAGGCAAGAGACAACAAGUCGAGAGCUACAGGGAGACUGCAAGACAACGUCUGCAAAUAGAGUUGUGCCUCUCUUUCAUGAACAUGUUUAGGGAAGAAGCUGUUACGACUGUGAAAAAACAAAACUAAUCUUCCCUCAAGGUAUGAGUAUUUCACAGCAUCUGGAAGAAUCCAGUUAAUGAUUCGGGAACCACCCGUGCUGUGAGGAACUCUCCCCAUGGGUCUCUGCUCUCGUCACUGCAGGCAAUGCUCUUGCUUUGAGGAGGGAACCCGGCUCCCUUUUGCUUUCUUCCAAGGGCAGCUCCUUUCCAGCAUAUUAUAAUAAAACUAUAAACCAUGUGA